AUGUUUUUUGGUUUAUUGUGUAUGACAUAUUCUGUUUUGGGGAAUCAGAAAAUAGAGAUUGGAGAGACUGUAAGCAAGUAAUUUGAUGAUAAAAUAUAAAUUUAGAGCUAUAAUGCCCUGGCAUGGAAAUGCAAAAUAUGAAUUGUAUUGGUUUGAGUUGAAGGAGGUGAGAUAGGAUGCAGAUUUGGUGGUGGUAGUGAAAUAAUAGUCUGCGUUAGGGAAUCCAGAUAUUUAUAUAUCUUCUAAAUUAACAGAGCCAAAUGUAAACACAGCAGAGUAGAUAUGUGACUCAGUUGGAAUGGGUAAUAUUCUGAUUAAUAAAUAGAUAUCUGUGUGAUUGAAAAUCCUUAAAAGGGACCAUAUUAUUUAGCUGUGCAGUGUGAUAGUUAUUGCAGAUAUUCAUUAAAAGUUGUCUACUAAUCUGAAUUGGUGAUGUCAAAUUGUAAUUAUCCUAAUGUUUAUUAUUAUAGCUGAUGACUUAGAAUUCAAAUAUGAUAACAAUUCUUGGACUGAUGUCAUUAGAAUUGAGACAAAGAACCUAACGAAAGAUGAAACUCAGACAAAACCUACUUUAGAAAUUUAAGUAAGAGUGAAAAAUAUAGAAAUAUUAUAAGAAUCAUUCAAAUCAUAUUUAAAUAUUGGAACAUCUAAACCAACUUCUUAAAAGUAAGACUAUAUUGGAUAAGAUACAUUCUCAGGAAUGCAAAAAUUCAAGAUUCAUAAUAUAGAACCUUAUAGUGUAUUCACUUUACUUGUAGAGGGUUAAGAAGGACUCAUCGUUCAAAUAUAAACCAGAACUUAUGGAACUAUGAGAUAUUUAUAAUUAGGUGAUAAAGUUGAAGAUAUUGUGGCUGAAGAUGAUUAUUAAUUCUAUUGUAUUGAUCUUACAUAAGAUGCCUCAUCUAUUCUAUCUGGAUUAACUGUGCUCAAUAUUUAAUUGUUGCCCUUUAAAGGAUUUACUGAAAUGUUUGUCAAUCUAGAUUACCAACCACCAUUCUUAGAUUAAUAUCAAUGGUAAUUAACAGAUAGAAUUACUGAUGAUCUUGUUAUUUCAAAAGCAGAUCUUUUUAAAUAUAAUUCUAAAGCUACUUAUGCAUAUGUAGCUGUCAGAGGAAAAGAAUCAAAUGCUACUUUUGAAUUAAAAUCAUAAAUUGUUGAUCCUAAUUUCAUGCUACUAGAACUCAAUAAACCAACCACUGCUAAAUUAUCAAAAGACUCAUUUAUUUAAUAUAAAUUCUAUAUCAGAAACAUUGAAAAAUAAACUGUUAGUGUAAGCCUCAAAAAUAUCAAAGGAGAUGCUGACAUUAUACUUAAACAAUGCGAAACUUUGUGGAAUUGUGCUAUCUCUAAAGAUGAUAUCAAUUCUAGGGCUUAAAGAUUUAACUCUACACCUGGAGGAUUAUUUUUCUUUUCAGAUAAGUAAUUUAUUCUUCUAUUCUAUUUAGACCUGGUAAUGACAUCAUUGUUUUUGAUAAUAAUCCAGAAUAAUGCCAAAAAUAUGAUAACACAUUUUAAUGUUUUUAUGAUGUAAUGAUUUAUCCUGGAUAAGAUAAUACACAAGAAGAGUUGAUUUAUUCAAUUCUCAUAACUUCAUAAGGUGAGUCAACCCUAUUGAGGGAAAACACUCCUCUAAAGUAAUUUGUAGGUUUGGGAUUAGAGAAUUAUUAUAAAUUCAAAGUUGAAGAGUAAGACUACAUAAGAAGAAUGAUGAUUUAAGUAACACCAAUAUAAGGGCAGCCAAAAAUAUUUGCAUCUAAAACAAACAAGACACCAAAUCAAGAAGAUAAAUAGGGUGUUUAAAAUGUGAUCACUUAUGGAUUAUAAGGAGAUCAAGAAGCAAUAAACGGUGUAUAUUAUAUUACAGUAAAGGGUUAUACAGCAUGUUAAUAUAUAAUAACAGUUUAUAUAUUUAGAAAUAGGGGAGAUUGGAGUCAGGUAGGAAAAUAUCCCCAUUAAUAUAUUUUGUUAUUGGAUGGUUAUCCAUAAGAGAUUACAUCAUAAAACAAUAGCGAUGUCUAAUUAUUUAAAGUAGAUUUAAGUGCCUAUUACAAUCCUGAGUAGACAUACCAUUAUUCUGUAGAUGUGAAAUUGAGAGUAAUUUAAGGUAGUUUCUUGAUGUAUGGAUUCGAUCAUCCAGAGAUUGACAAAACUAAAGCAUUUGUGAAUGGAACUGAUUUCUUAUCGAUAGGUACUAGAAGUUAGAUUUAUCCAUAAUAUUUGUACAUUAGAGUAGAAGCAAGUCCGAUAUUGUCAUCAAAUUAAUUAUCAUAUUAAAUCUAUUAUCGAAUAAACAAUUAACCAAUUGAAUUGAUUUUAGGUGAUAAUUAUAGAGGUUACAUAAAUAAAGAUGACACAUAAACAUUCUUCUUAAGCUACUUUAAAAAGGAUGAAUUGUUAGUAACCAAGAAUGUUGAAUAUUAUGAUGAAUCUAUUUUAUAAGCAAGAAUUUAUGUAGGUAAUCAAGAUUAUUAAAUGACAACCUCAAGUUAAUUAAUAAAAGAAUAAGAUUUGUAGUAUGAGAAAUGCAAAACAAAUGCAACAGAAAUAGUUAAAUGUUAAAUAACUAUAAUGGUUAGUGCAUCCUAAGAUACUUAUUUUUCAUUAUUAAUUUCUAAAGAAUCAUCUAUCGUGUUUUUAUAUGAUGCAGAGCCAGUAACAAAGCCUUUAUCGAAUAAAGCAGAUCAUUAUUUAUUCUUUUUGAGUAAUCAAGAGACAGAAAUAUCAGUGUUUUCAAUUUCAGGAGAAGUUCAAAUAUAUCUUCAAAUAUUUAAUUAGUAACCUUUAUUAGAAUAAUUCCCAACAAACAAUUCAAAUUCUGUUUUGCAAUCUUUAGAUGAUUAAAAUGAUAUAGGAAGUUCAAUAUUCAUAUCUAAAGAAUUUCUGGAAAGUAAUCAGUGUCUUUUAGAUGGUUGUUAUAUUGCAGUAACUUGUAUAAAGGACCCGAAAUAUGAUUCAAAAGGAACUUAUGUAAUAACAAGAUCUUCAAGUUAUUAAACUUUAUAUCCAUCUAUAAUAUAUUAUGGGGAUGCUGAAAAAAUGAAGAUUAAAUAUUUCAAAAUUUCUAAUGUUACUUUAUCAUCUGGACUUAUGGUUAUAGUAUCACCUUUGAGUUCAGGUAGUCUAAUAGUUUUAGCUAGUUAAAAUGAAAUGCCUACUUUAGAUACAUAUUAAUAUAGUUCAAAUACUAUGAUAGGAGACUAAUUGAUCAUUCCUUCAAAUUCAGAAUCAACUGAAGCAGUUAAUUAUUAGUAAUAUUUUAAUUUUAUUAAUCAUCUAGUGUUGGCGUCUAUGCAUUCGAAGAUGUUAAAUUUUCAAUCUAAAUCAAUUUUGGAGAUCUACACUUUUAUUAAUUAAAAAAAGCAGUGCCAAUGAACUUUUUUGCAGAAUAUAAUUCUGAAACUUAUCUUAAUUACUAUCAUGCUUAAGAUUCUGAAUUUACUAUACUUUUUAGUUCCAAUCUAAUAACUCAAUACAAUAGAGCAAAUGUCCAUGUUUUACCUUAUAAGGAAAUGAAUAUGUAGGCAGAGGCAAUCAAACAAGUUAAAGAAAAGUAAUUUAUUCUUUUAUUAUUUUAGUCCUAAAUGGAAAAUGAGCGAAUAAUUUUUACACAUUAAAAAAAAUAUUCACUACUGUACUUCUUGUUAUUAUUUAAUUUAUGUAUAAAAUUUCAAUUUAGGAAAUGAUAUAUCAAUAACUAUAUCUUUAGAGAAUGAAUCAACUUAAUUACUUGAUAAUGUAGAAAUUACAAAUUAGAUUGAAUCUAAUUCAAUUCAUUAUUAUCAUUAUUUAGCUGAGGAUGAUUUUUAUUUUAAUGCAACAAUUUAUGAAGGUGAAAUACAAAUUUAUGGAGGAUUCUUUAAAAUAUAUGAAGAAAUUGAUUAACUUUUGCUUAGUCUUGAUAUUUUAGAUGGAUUAAAGGAUGAAGAUGGAAAAGUAAGAAAACCUACUUAUGGUGAAGGUUUAUUUCCAAAUAAAACAGUUGAAAUAAUGAAAAAUAAAUCUGAAGAAGCAAAAUAUAUUUUUAGAUUUAAAAUAAUAUCAAAUUCAAAUUAGAAGUCAACUUAUAAAAUAGAAUGCAUUUAAAAAUAAUAAGCAAUAGAACUUAAACUUGGUGAACCUUAAGCACUUAGAUUUAAUUCAACACUUACAGUUCCUUUCUAUUUUUUCAUUCCUGAAAGACAUUAGGAUUAUGAAAAUUAAGAAGGAUUCUAUACACUUGAUAUUGAAACCUAUGGGCACUCAUUUUAUAGAAUUUAAACGAAAACUUAACAUCCUUUUAUAAAAUUAAAUUAAGAUCUUUUUAAUAAUCCUAAUUUCUUAAGCGAUUAUCAUAAUUAUCAAGAAGUUUAAUUCUUAAAAUUCAAUUAGACAGAUUAAAUCAUUCAUUUUGAAUUUUCAAGCAUUCCUGGAUUAUAUUUCUUAGAAAUUACACCCAGAGAAAGUUCAAAUCUACCUUAUACUAUAACUUUGGGUAAUGAUUUUUUGAAUAUUCUUGCUCCAAAAUUAUCAAGAUAUGUCUCCAAUAAAAUUGGAUAAUAAAGAUUUUGGGAAAUUAAUGUUUAUCAACCUUCAACUUUAUUAAUUUAAGCAUAAUUAUGUGGAGGAAUCAUGAGUGUUUAUGGUAGUGAUAAUAUCGAAAAUUUAUAAAAAGGAUCAUAUAUCUAAAAAAUGGAAUACAAACACAAUAAAUAAAUUAUUGGAACUAUACCUGUUAGCUCAUCAGGUCCUUAUUACUUAAGUACUAAAGCAACAAAAAGUCUCAUUCCAUAAAAUGAUUAUCUUGAUUACAUUCUUAAAGUCAAUAUUCUUCAAUAAAGUAGUAUUGUUCCUUAUGAAAAAUUUGAACCUGGAGAUGGAGGAGAAUUCUCAACUAAUUACGAUGGCGAAUUUAUAAGUGUCUUUUAUAGUCCUAUUUAAGUUUCAGAAUAAUCUAGUUCUGAUUAUAAAAUAUUAACUUACUCAUACAAUUUCAUCUAUAAAUUGUAUAAUUUAACAGAUGAAGAAAUCCCUCUCUAUCAUUGUGAUUCCUCAAUUGCAUUCCCUUCAAAAUCAUAUAGGUUAGAUAAACAUCAAAAAUUGAAGGAACUCAAUCAUUCAUUUACCGUUGAUUAGAGUUUCCAAAAAAUAGCUCUUAGUAUUCUAGCUAAAGGUAAAUAUUUAUCAUUUAUUUUUAGUCAAAAUUUAUACCAAAAAUUUUGAAGAAAUUACACUAUAUUAUUAUUAUGAUACUAUUACAAUGAAAGUUGAUAAUGUUAUUUUAUAAUCAAAGUAAAGAGGAUAAAGAAGAUUAAUACUUUUUGGAAUUAUAUCAAUUCUUUUAUUAGCUAUCGUUUGCUUAUUUAUUAGAAAUAGAAAACUUAAAUAAAUGUAUAUAUAUUUUAUUAAUUUUUAAGAAUACGAUUUGAAUCUACUGAAUCAGGAUCUCAAUAGUUAGUGAGAUAAGAGUAAUCUAUUGAAAUGAAUUAUACAAGUUUGCAUUGAUAGAUGUAAUAAAUAUGAAUCAAU